ACCUAAGAUUCUGAAUGACAUACAUGAUCUCUGUUUGAAUAUUCACGUACACAUAAACGGAAUACUUGUGUCUGUUUUUUAUUUAAAAAAUGAAGUGAUAAAAGUGUAGAAAGUCUUAAUUUUGUAACAAUCAUCUAGUGUAUUAGAUAAAUAGUUUUCAUUUUCAUGUUACUGUCGAAAAUGCUGCAGAAUGGACGACAAUAUCAUACCUAUAGCAAAGUUGAAUAACGGCGCUAUAAAACACGGGGUUUCCCCGAGACAAAAUCAUUUACUUUCUGUAUUCCAGAGUUUGGAAAGAACGUUAAUUGACAAAAAGAAGAAGUAUUCUGAAAAAGUCGAAUCUCUGAUACGAGCUUGGGAGCAAAUAGUCACUUUCGUAUCGGAAGCGUCGAAAGAGUCGAAAGAAUCACCUCAGCCUUUUUUUGAUAAUUUGUUCUUAAAUACUCUACGUUUCGUUUUGCGAGCUGAUUGGCCAACAUCUAUUAAUACUCCUACCAAAACUCAUCUAUCUGUUACAUUGCAACGGUUUACCACUGUUUUGAAGAGAUGCGGUUUAUACUCUGGUAUAUUGGAGCAAUGUCGUGUUUUAGAAUUGAUUGUAAAGGAUCCUUGGGGUCAGAAAGAUGCUAGUGAUAAGUCAGCGUUGAAGAAAAUUCUACAGUCCGAAGAUGUUGAUCAGGAUGCUUGCGAAGAGUAUUUCAAAUUGGAGAAUGGAAAAGUCGUGGUGGUUCGAUUGGAAAUGCUCUUGCUAUCGAAGUGCGAAGAUAUUGCCGUCAAUCUCUCCAAGGCGUGUCUGAACACUAUCGAGAGAUUCAACGAAAGCUUAGAAGAAUUUGAUAUUUUAGAUUUUACUCAAAAUGAAAUCGACUACAUAACCGAUAUAUAUUUUAGUAGCUUACAAAAGAAUAAAAGAAAACAGGAACUAAUGAUAGAAUUCCAAAAAUAUCAACUUGGUGAUGGACUAGAAUUGCUCAAACGGUACCGCAAACAUUCUAUCGGUGGAAAAUUUAACGAGCAUUGUAAAGCUGCUCGAGUGUGGAAAAAUAAUGCCAAGAUAGUUGAAUUGUUAUCCAAUACGUUGCUGGUCAAUGCUAUCCUCAAUGAGGAUUUAGUGGAAUCGCAAUCUCAACUAGAAGAAUUAAUAUGUGAAUGGGCAGCUUGUCUGACUGUAGAUGGAGUACUCAAACCGAUCGCAAUGGAGUCGAUCCGAAAAUUUGUUUUAAUUGCGCCUUCCUCCAAAUGCUUAUAUCCGUUUUGUUCAUUUCUGAUUCGUAACGGAAACUGUAAAGAGCAAGAUUUUGAUAUGGUAGCGAGAUGUCUGAUUCGAGCAAUAAAUCAAAACAUGAAUGAAGUCGAACAGCUUCGAGUCGAUCAAGAACGAGACAAAUUGAAGGAAACGUAUAGCCAGCUCUCCCAAGGAUUCAUGCUGUUAUCGGAUUUGUUGAGCGAAUGCCAAAACAUCUACAAGGAAUGUCUACUCACCUCAUUCUCGCUAACACCAACUCGCGAAUGUCUUCGAACCAUCGAAGCUUUCGUCACUAAAUUAGCUAAUAUAGCUGAUCCUUCAGCGGAAGUUGAAUCCGAAGUAUGCCAGGAAAAUGAAGUGGGUGAAUCGAUAAGCUCAUCCGACGCCGAGUUGCAAAAACCAUUAUCUAAUGAUGUGAACACGACUGCAGCGGAAACCGUAUCGGAACAAUGUGAAAAUUCUACUAUUCCGCUUAAUAAUAUAUCCGCGUCAGAAACUCCGGCUGCCGAAGAUAUUAAACCAUUCGCUGCUUCAUCGUCGAAAGAAUUGAACGAAAUAUUCGAAUCCAUGGGCGUGCCUAAAGAAGACGUUGCUCAGAUACAAGAAGAACUCGAAUCGAAGCAGGUGAAUAAACAAUUCCAUUCUACGAACGGUACCUCUUCGGCGUUCAUAACGGAAUUAGAAAACCUGAAAUUAGAUGAAACCGUAGGUGGUGAUUUGAGCACCAUUUUAAGUUACCGACGCUAUCACACUUUAACGUGGGACUUGGAAUGGCCCGAAUUAAAAGAAAACUGCGAGCAGUAUUUGGAGGAUUUUGAGAAAAAAGACUUCGACGAUGUAGAACUCAAGUAUUUAGAUUUAGAUUACAAUCAGUUCAAGGACCAGCCCAUCAUUUACGAUGACUUGUACGGUAUCGAGAAAGGAUACGAACACUACGCGUACAGUACAACUGACUCUGAGGAGGAAUAUUCGUCGACCAAGAGAUCUGGCUUAAGUUCUAUAGAGUCGGAUGAAGAUGGUUAUUUGAUUCACAGAAAACGUAAAAGAACCCUCGACAGUGAUUCGGAUGAAGCGAGAAAUAAAAAGAAACGUGCCCGAAAAACUAAGACUAGAGUUGAAGAACUCAGAAGACGAUAUUCUGAGAAAUCCGAUUCUGGUAGUAAUCCGGAAGAUGAUAGAAUAUUCGGCUCUAUCGAAUCCGCCGUUGCUGGAUCGGGCAGGAGGAAGGGCCGUUUCAAUCACGUCAAAGCGCUUAGAGUCAAAAAGCAAAGAUUGUUUAGAGAGCGACAGAAAAAUGGUUUCUAUAUAACUUCAUAUAGGGGUGCUAUCACGCACAAUACUGAAUUCAAUGAGGAUGAGCUGAAUGAUGUCGCGAAAGAUGUCCUAUCUGAUGUUUCCGAGAGAUUAGAAGGCACAAAGAGGUCUCCCACAUUCGAAGAUCCUCCCAUAGUACCUGUUGAUUCAGACAAACUUCUGCCACCGCUCGAAGUUAUGUUUAUCGAAGAUGGUGCCGAAUUUAAUCACGACUUUUUCAAGCCGAAGCCGAUAAAACCAGAACCAGCCGAGUCGGCAAAACCAGUCGAGAAGCCACGCAAAUCUAUCGCCAAAGAAAAAAAUCCUAAUGCCAAAAAGAAGGGUCCUAAGCCGGGAAGCAAAUCCAAACUACCUCGACCUAAUAAUUCAAAUCCAACGCAGUCGUCGAGUAAAACUGCUUCGCAUUCGACUUUAUUAUCAAAUGAUAAACUUUUCAAAAAGAAAUACGGUUCGAAACCGAAAAAGGCGGGAAAAUCGACCGAAAAUCAGCCCGAAUAUGACGCCGAUUUAUCUAUUAGAGACGCAGUGGUACAGUUACCUAAAUUAGACGAAACAUUUAGUCAGUUCCAGAAAAAAAAUAAUGACGUUAUGAAACCGAUCGAUCAAAAUGUUUCGUUUACUUCGUACCUGAAUAAUAAGUUGGAUAAAUCUUCGAUCUCAUCUUCGGGUGAUGUUUCGAAAACUUCGACCAGCGAUGCAAACGGUAGUGAUAGCAUAGAAGAUAUUAAAAAUUUCAUAGAUUCGUUCAAAUCGCCUAAGUGUACGCCAACUCAUGUCAGCGAUUUGUCGCAAGCCUUCGAACUGCAGACGACCGCCGAUCGUACCUGUCAGACUGAUAUUUCUGCCCCGGAGGUAGAAGAGAUGGAAACCGAAUGCAGAGAUAGCGAAUAUUUCUUUAAUGCUUCGGUUUCAGCCUACUUGACGUCUACUCCUGGACCGGUAAAACCGUCACCACCUCCGAUCUGCGCGCUUACUCCAGAAUUCGUGAAGCCGUCACCACCACCAGCACCGAUCUGCGCGCCUACACCAGAACCUGUAAAUCUGUCACCACCAUCGAUCUGCGCGUCUACUCCUGAACCUGUAAAGCUAUCUUCGCCACCUAGCUGCGCGCCGACUCCCGAAUUUGUACACCCGUCACCACCUUCGAUUCAAAACAAUGUCCAUAAAGUAAUAGCGAGCAUGACGUCUCCGAUAGUGCGACUACCUCCAAUUAACACGAUUCCUCCAUACACUUCCAAUAUGUGCAACGGCGAUACUGCUGUGCAGCAGAUUUUACAAAAUUAUCGAAAAACCGUCGCUGAAAAUCCAAAGCUGAAAAACAUUCCUGCUCCGCGUAAAAGAACUAAUGCAACUAAAAUGCCAAGAAAGCCGAGAUCUCGAGCUAAUAAAAACGAUCCUCAAGCUGCGAAUGCGAAAAUGCAUAAUAACUCGAAAUCGAAUACAUCGGAGCUUACGCCUUCACCGGUGUCUCAACAUUCUCAACAAGUUAGUCCUUCGAUGCAAAGCGGUAAUACGUUCCCUCCUAUUAAUACAUUUUAUACGGAUGAUGUAACCAAGUAUCCCCCAAUUUAUCCUUCUAGUCAAGUAGUUCCGUGCAGUGCAGGGCAGUUAUCUGUCGAAAACGUCUGUGUCCGAAUCCCAAAUGACCCUAAUAAACACGUCUCACUUUUUGAAUCGAAUAAUGGCAUCGAAAUGGGUGCGUUGAAGACUCUUCUUAUGCAAGGACAAACAACAUCGACAUCGGCGACCAAAGUUGAACUUGGACCGAAGCAAUCACCUUCGAAUAAUCUAAUAUUUAGCACUGCUCCUAGCCCGGUCACCAAUCAAAUCUCGUACACGGCUGAACUCACUAAUGGCCAUCACAUCAGCCCUCCAAUACCCCGAAUUAAUAACAAUGUACCCCGCACACAGCAUAACGAUACUGGAAUGAAUACUCAAAACAUCACGUACAAUUCGUGCGAUUCGUCCUCGCAGUCGUCGCAGAAAGCAGCGCAACAGCUCAGAUAUUAUCAAGGAUUUACGAACGAUUUUGAAGUGCGAAUACCUCGUAUCGAUUUCAAAGUUGAUCCUGCAAGUUUUUCCACCAACAACGCGCCGUAUUCAAAUUCCAAUAAAACAACGACCAGUACAUCGAAUUUACGAAAUACUCGUGCGGAUAAUUAUCACAUGAAUAUUCCAUCUAGUUUGUUACCCCAAGUUGUAAUUCCAAUGCUUCCAGAAACAAUAAGAAAUCAUUCUUCGGGCAAUACGCUCGGUAAUUACCAAAUAAAUAAUUAUAAUGCCACACCUACGGUUGAUUAUACUUCGACGAAUUCGAGGAAUAUCGAAGUUAACGGAAAUUCCGAAGUACUGAUAAAUAAUAUGGUCGAUAUCAAUCACUAUUCGCCAGCUGCACUGUUCUCAACGAAUACCCAAAAUAUGAAAAAUGAAUUGAAAUUUAAUGCCGACGAUGUGGGUGAUCCUAAUGGAGUGUGCAUUUCGAUCGCAGAAUCGCCAGAAUUUUAUGGAUAUUAUUCGAGUCUCAUACCGGAUGGAGCGCAGAUGAACGAAAACAACCUUUUCAACGGUAGCGAAUUUUUAUUUUGAAUGAAAAUUUUAACUAUACGUACUAUCCAAGAUUGCGUUAAUUUAAUAUGCCUUUUUUAACGUUAGUGACAAAAUUGCUGAAUUAAAAUGUACUCUACGGCGAAAACAAAAAAUAAUAUGUUGUAUUUUGUUGAUUAUAGUGUUCAUUAGUUCUUAAUUUGUCUUUUUAAAGAUACCUGUUACCUUAUAACUUUAGUGCCUAUUCGUGUAAAUUUGUUGUAUAUAAAAUGAAAAAUCAUCUGCUAGUUUUAAGUGUAUCAUCGGCGAGCGAUUAGUUGGUCCGUGGAAUGCAAUUUAAAGCACUUGUAUAAAAAUCAAAAUUUAUUUAUAAUUACCAUUUUAUCGUAAUGAAUUCACUAAAAACUGAAAACGAUUCCGAUUCUAGACGAACACUCAUAUAUGCCAACUAAUCGCUCUUUAUUGUUGCAGGGCCAAUUUUAUGGGGUGGAUUGUGUUUCUUCGGUGUUGUUUCUUAUAUUUUCCUCUUAUUGUUUGCAAUUGCAAUAUCUCGGCGCGGGACGCGAUCCUUCCUUUGUUUUAAUUCACGAUAGUUGAUUUUUGGGAAUUUUUUGUGCAUACGUAUUUUUAUUCCUGUGAGAAAAAUCAUCUUUGUCUCGUUUAAAAAGCAUUAUUUUCCCUCUGAAAUGAAUUUGUUUCUUUUCUGUUUUGUGAGUAAUUUAAUUUCCUUUUUUGUAUCGGUUCGUUAAUUUUUUUAAUUAUGCAUUUACGGUUAAAUAUUUAUAAUGUUUUAUCAAACGUGUGAACUUUCAUUGAUUUUAAGAUGAAGUUUUUUUUUUAUGAAUUUUCUCAUAAAUAAAAUAAUUUUUGAUUCAA